AUGGGAAGAUGGGAGACCUUGGAGGAGGGAGGAAAGCCUAUCGGACCCGCAUUUGGCCGACCCACUCAACUUGCGCCGGACAGACCAGCGGCUUCACAUGUACAGUCGAGCGGGACGGGAGGUGGUUUAGACCUCUUGUCCAUUGGCUGUGUCGUACUUUACAUUCUACUAGCUUGUCUCCGUCAUCGCUAUUUCUCUGGCUUGGUCUGGGAAACGAAGGAAGAUGGAACGGAGAGCCGAGCAGAGCCGAUUGGCCGAGUCUUAUUCUGCCGCCUAUUGGCUGGCGUGCGCAUCUGCGUUUUCCCACUCUCGCCGCCUAGCCGUCAGAGACCCGCCCGAGUCCGGCAAGACUCCACCCGUCAUCUGACCAUUCGUCCACAUGGUACAUUUAAUCUCAAAGACCCGAUUAUUUACCAGUCCACCCAGACGCCCCCUAAUCGGCCCGCCCUCGAACCCCGCCAACCAGUGCGGGUUCGAGUACCCCAGCCCGGGGUCACUAUGCCGGGCCGUGUUAAGUCGGCCGCCCUCAAGUGGAACAUACGACGAAGAGAUGGGCACACUAACAAACCCAGUCAGCGUACCAAGCUGGAUAUAGGGCAGUGA